AUGACCCAUCUAUUCUUCCAUCUUUCCCGAGAUAAGAAACUCACUGAAGAGCUCCAACGACAGCUAGACGCACUAUCCAACCACAACGACGACUCCCUCGCAGGACUUGAGUUGCUCGACGCCGUUAUUCAUGAAUCUCUCCAUCUUCACCCUGCUGUCCCGUCUGGUAUCCGACGCCUGGCUUCCGCAGAAGGUAUCACCGUCACGGAUCCUAUGCCUGUGUCGGGCGACGUCUGGCAUUAA